AUGGUCAUUUCAAUUGAACCCACAGCUUUACUCUCACCUCUUCCCAGAGCAGACGGUUCUGCCACUUUCUCACAGAAUGGUUACACUGUUAUUGGCGCUGUAAACGGUCCUAUUGAAAUUCAAAGACGCGAUGAAUUACCAGAAGAGGCGGCUAUAGAUGUUAUCGUGAGACCAGCUGCUGGUGUUGGAGGUACCCGUGAGAGACAUCUUGAAGCAAUCCUUCAAUCUUCUUUGCGCCAAAUAAUACUCAUCCACAAUUUUCCACGAACCCUUAUUCAGGUCACUUUACAAAUCACAAGUACACCAGAAAAUGAUACUGCUUGGUCGAAGCUUGUACAGGCCAGCUCGAACCUUCCCCUACUCCCAGCGCUCCUUCAAACAUCCGUUCUGGCCUUAUUGUCUGCUUCUAUACCACUAUCGAUGACGAUGACAUCGGUACUACUUGCCUUGAAGAAUACUGAGACAGGCACAACUCUUACAGAAAAUCCUACCCCCCUCGAAUGCCAAGAUGCAGCUUCAGUCCAUGUACUAGCAUUCACAUCACAUGGGGAACUGCUGGUCUCUGAGAGUGAGGGAAGCUUUGAUAUGAAUGAGUGGGAGGAAAUAUACGAGCAUGCAAAGGCCUUAUGCUGCAAAGGUCACGGAUCGACUGAGGAUGAUAUCAUGCAUGGGGAUGGGCUUGAAAAUGAGGCUAAUUCAAGCCUCAUGAUGUUCGUAAAAUCAACUGUACAAGAAAAGGUUGCUACCGACCUCCAUUGGAAAGGUUGA